GAAAACAUUUCUUAGUGUUAGGUCUUGUUACCAUAGUGAAGCGUAGAACAUGUUCUGAGAAUAGAACGCAUUCCAAAAGUGUACUUAAAGCCUUGUAUUAUAGGAGAAUCUCUUGUGGGUUUGUUGUAGUGGCGUAGAGCAGGUGUGUCUUUCGUAGAGAUUGAAUAUCUAAGUUUUUCAAGUCUCAGCGAUUAAACAUCUCCCCGUUUGAGUGAUUCACGGUGCAAGACCGAAAUCCUCAUCCUAUUCCAGCUUGCAAACCCUGAGUUUUAAAAAGUGUUUACAGGUAAAAGCCUGAAACCUUCAACCGAUUUCUAUCAUGGUUGAGCUUCUUACACUGGAUGUUGACCCCGCAACAUCGGCUGCCAAAAUGGAGAAGGACGGAGUUGGAGUGGAGGUUGAGAUCUCUUUCUCCAAAGCCAGCAAGAUCUCCAAGAGCCAGAAAGAAAUGCAGCUGCUCAAAGAACAGCCUAUAAACUGCACUAAUAGCGACAAGAAGGAGAAAGUGAAACAAAGAAAAAAGAAGAGCAAGAUUGCUUCUUUUAUCAGAGCCGCUUUAAAGUGGUUUUGCUUCUCUCCCAGCAAUGAGCCAUUCAGUCUUUCAUCCUCUGAAGGUAAAUGA